AUGUUGCAUUUUGAUGAUAAUUUACGAUUAAAACUUAUAGCUUGGUUUCUUCAAUAUCCUUUUUAUAUAGUUUGGUUUAUUAUUAAGUUUUUUCUAAAUAAAGAAAAACAUCCAUGGGACAAUAUUGAAGCACCACAACAUCCACGAAUUCUCGUUAUAACAGGAGCUUCACAAGGUAUUGGUGAAGGUCUUGUAGAAUACUAUUGUAAGCAUUGUCCAUCAUGUGAAAUAAUUGUUAUGAUUAGUCGAAGUAUUGAAAAACUUGAAAAAGUAAAACAACGAUUUAAUUCUGUUGAUCAAAAGAAAUUGUUGUUAUAUGCUUGUGAUGUAACUGAUGCCAAUGAAAUGACACGUAUUCUUCUUGAUGUUCAUCAAACCUAUGGUCAAGUCGAUAUUAUUUUUGCUAAUGCUGGUGUCUCAUUUCGUCAACAGUUAUUAGUAAAUAAUUAUGAGAAAGCAGUUCGUGAAACAUUUAAUAUUAACAUCACUGGAGUUCUGAAUACAGUUUUGCCUUUAAUUGAAAUUAAAGGAGUUAAACAAAUUGCUAUUGUAUCAUCACAAGCCGCUUAUGCAAUAUUUACAUCUCCUAUUUAUGGUACUACAAAACAAUGUGUUCUGUCACUUGGUUUUGAUCUUCGACGACGUUUAGCGAAAGAUAAUAUAGCUGUGAAUGUUAUUUCACCUGGGCCAAUUGCGACACCAAUGCUUUCUGGUUCUAAUAUUGAAACAGCCGUAAAAAGUAUGUCGACCAAGGAAGCAACUAAAAUAAUAUUUAAUGGUCUUCGUCGAAAUGAAGCUGAAAUUGUAUUUCCUGCAUUUACUGGCAUAUUCGUAUACAUUUUAAGUUUCUUGCCUAUAUGUAUUGCUGAACCUGUUGCAUAUUAUUUUCUUCGCAAAUGA